AUGCCGGGCUCAUCGCGCAUGCCGAUCAGCCUCCGGGAGAGCUUUAACAGCGUCAAGCGCCGGAGGCCGGCCCUCUCGCUGCAGAUGCUGAACCUUGAUCUCCUCCGCAACAUCAUCUUCUUCCUCUUCGUCCUGAGAUGGACCCGCCGCACCAUCUGGAAGCUGCGCGGCCGGGGCCUCAUCGGCACCGUCGUCGAGGCCUACGUCACUAGCCGCCGCGUCCUGUACGGCUGGUUCCUGCGCGCCCCGGGCGUCCGCACCCAGGUCCGCAAGCAGGUCGGCGAGGCCCUCGGCAAGAUGGAGACCAAGCUCGUGCCCCAGGCCUCGACGCGCUACCUGACCCUGCCCAAGGAAGGGUGGGCCGGCGACGCCGUGCGCGCCGAGCUCGAGCAGCUCGCGGCCAUGGACCACACCCGCUGGGAGGACGGCUUCGUGUCCGGCGCCGUCUACCACGGCGAGGACGGCCUGAUGCGCCUGCAGACCGAGGCCUUUGGCAAGUUCACCGUCGCCAACCCCAUCCACCCGGACGUCUUCCCCGGCGUCCGCAAGAUGGAGGCCGAGGUCGUCUCCAUGGUCCUGUCGCUGUUCAACGCCCCGCCCGGCGCCGCCGGCGUGUCCACGAGCGGCGGCACCGAGAGCAUCCUCAUGGCGUGCCUGAGCGCCCGCCAAAAGGCCUACCACGAGCGCGGCGUGACCGAGCCCGAGAUGAUCCUCCCCGAGACCGCCCACACGGCCUUCCACAAGGCCUGCCAGUACUUCAAGAUCAAGAUGCACCUCGUCGAGUGCCCGGCGCCCUCGCACCAGGUCGACGUGCGCCGCGUGGCGCGCCUCAUCAACUCCAACACGAUCCUGCUCGUCGGCUCGGCGCCCAACUUCCCGCACGGCAUCAUGGACGACAUCGCCGCGCUGUCCAAGCUCGCCGCGCGCCGCCGCCUGCCCCUGCACGUCGACUGCUGCCUGGGCUCCUUCCUCGUGCCCUUCCUCGAGCGCGCCGGCUUCGAGACGCAGCCGUUCGACUUCCGCCUGCGCGGCGUCACGAGCAUCUCGUGCGACACGCACAAGUACGGCUUCGCGCCCAAGGGCAACUCGACCGUGCUCUACCGCACCGCCGAGCUGCGCACCUACCAGUACUUUGUCUCGCCCGACUGGGCCGGCGGCGUCUACGCCUCGCCCGGGCUCGCGGGGUCCCGCCCGGGCGCCCUCAUCGCCGGGUGCUGGGCGUCGCUCAUGUCGGUCGGCGAGAGCGGGUACCUGGACGCCUGCGUGACCAUCGUCGGCGCGGCCAAGAAGCUCGCCGACCGCAUCGCCACGAGCCCCUCCCUGGCGGGCGAGCUCGAGGUGCUCGGCCGGCCCCUCGUCUCGGUCGUCGCCUUCACCAGCCGCACGCUGCCCGUCUACGACGUCGCCGACGGCAUGAGCGAGCGGGGGUGGCACCUCAACGCGCUGCAGAGCCCGCCGGCCAUCCACGUCGCCUUCACGCUGCCCACGGCCAAGGUCUGGGAGCGGCUGGCGGCCGACCUCGAGGCCGUGGUCGAGCAGGUGCGCGAGCGGGAGAGGCAGCGCGCCGCCGAGGGCCAGGGCGCCAAGGGCGCGGCGGGCGGCGACGCGGCGGCGCUGUAUGGCGUCGCGGGCAGCCUGCCGAACAAGAGCAUUGUCGUGGACCUGGCGACGGGCUUCUUGGAUCUGUUGUACAAGGCUUAG